GGGUAGGGAACGUGAAUGCGUGAACGGAAUAUGAACGGAACUCCAGUGUCGAGUGUGUGUGGCUUUAACGAAAUAACAUGUCGGAUACACGGCGCCGUAGAAAAUCUAAUUCUGGAGGUUCUGAGGAUCUCUCUGACUCCUACGACGAGUUAAAUGUAACGAAAGAAACUCAAAGUAGCGAAGUAACAGAGGUCGAAGAAGAACACCAUGAUUCAGAAUAUGACACAGGUGAAAGUGGAUCUGAAGCAGAUUCACAAGAAGGAGGUUUACGAGAAAGUGGUGAUGGGCAAGAAGAAGAUAAGCCGCAACGGAAGCUAGAUGAUGAUGAGGACAGACGUAAUCCCCAAUAUAUCCCAAAACGAGGCACUUUCUAUGAACAUGAUGACAGAACAACAGAGGAAGUUGCCGAAGAAACUGUUGAGACUCCCAAUGAAAGAGAAGCUAAAGAAAAGAAAGUUUGGAAAGACAAAGAGGAUAGAUGGGAUCAUGAUAGGUAUAAUGAUGAUGAACAAGCACCCAAAAGUCAUGACGAACUAGUUGCAGUUUAUGGAUACGAUAUAAGAAACGAAGAAGGACCUCCCAGAGCCCGCCGAAGAAGAAGAUAUGGCCGUGGGCCCAAUAAAUACACACGUAAUUGGGAGGAUGAAGAUGCUUAUGGAAAGCCAGGAGGUCCACCUGCUGUAGGACGGGGUGGUGCUAGAAAAAGUAAUCGAGGUGGUGAGGAGUUUCCUGCAUUGGGUGGAAACGAUAAGGAUGACCUGCCAUCUACUCCAGAAGAACCUGUUAUUUCAUCAGCUUGGUAUAGCAAUAAGAAUAAAUCCCAACCUCGAGGACAAAAUUUCCCACCCCUGAGUUCGCAAAAUGAGUCUCCCCAUUCUAAACUUGUAACUACAAAUAAUUCUACACCAGCAAAUGAGAACAAAACUCCGAAUGAGCCAACUAACCCAGCUUGGAAGAAGGAAUUAAAACACAACUCUCAAAACCAGAGCCCAAUACGCGGUGGUGGUGGAGAUGCCGACAAAGCAAUUAACCACAAGUCUUCGCCACGAGAUUCAAACAAGAGGCAAGUUCAAGAAAGUGUUAGUUUGGCAGCCAGUCGAGCCAGAGGUCGGGGAUUUAAAGUAAAUGCUAAUGCGAACACCACGGGACCUAACAGACCAGAUUAUAAAACUAAAAGUCGUGGACCUGGAUCCGUUCUUCUGGAUAACAGAAGGAAUACUAGUGACAAUAAUCACACUGAUGAUCAACAGUUGAUCAACGACAUGAAACAAAUGAAUGUUAACGAGGGAGGAUCGUUUCAGCAGACUAAUAGACAAAACAAAAAUUUCUAUCCUCAAUCUCCAGGUCAAGUUCGCCCAGGUGUCGUUCCUCCACGCUUGCAACAACAACAACCACAGCAGCCUCACCACCACCACCAACAGCAACAACAACAACAGCACCAACAUCAACAACAACAACAGCAGCAGCACCAACAGUCACCCCAACAACAAUCUGGCCGCCAACAGCCACAUGAUCCAGCUGGCAAUAGACCAAAACGUUAUUCGAGCCUCAGGCAGCGUCCCCCUGUUCCCGAAGGUCCAGGGCAGCAAAGCUACCCACCACAACAUGGCCAACAUGGCUAUUAUCCACAAGCUGGAAAUUCUAGAGGCGUCCUGGAACCCCAAGGGUAUGCCCCGGGUCAUUUUGACCAGGCAGCACCGGUAGCUACCCCAGCAGCUCCACCACUGGCUGGGCAGCCGGUACUUCCUUUACCACCUGGAGGUCAGGCGGCAAAUUUUGCCCCUCCUCCAUUUUUAGUACCUCCUCCACAAUUCUUGCCACCCCAGGGUGCACCGCCCAGCAUCAUCAAUUACGUGCAGGGACCAGGUGGCCCUGCGUUUCAACCGAACUUUCAAGGAUAUCAAGGCUUCAGUCCACCGGUGCAGCCCCAAGGACCUCCACCACCGCAAGAAUUGUUUCAACCACAGGGCUGUACGUAUUACAGCCCUGCGCAGCAGCAGCAGCAUGCAGUUCCAAUAAGACGACCGAAGGCUGCAAUUCCUAUUCUUCCACCUCCUGAAAAUCAACAACAUAUGAGUAAUCGGGGCAGAGGGAGAACACAACAACCGCAAAGCCUUCCAAUGCCUGGCGGUAUGCAACGACCUCCUCACGCAGAAGGUAAGAACGUUGUUAUAGACGACGAUGGAAAAUUCCCACAGGGACAGUUCCCUAACGUCCAGCAGGAAAAACAGGUUAUCGUGGACCAAUUUGUGGCCAACGAACAUGACGAAGCUGCAAUAACUUACGUAAAUAAUGGUGAUAGCAAUACCACUAAUUCUGAAAAUGAAGUUAAUUCCGAAAAUUCUCAAGAAUUAAAAAUUAGUUUAGAUGUUGUUGUCUUGAAAGAUCAGCCGCAGCGAGUCGUUGAAAUCGAUGAUAACGUUGUUCCUGAGAAAAAAUUGGAUCAAAUUAUAGUUAAUAACGAGCCCGAAUUACCGAAAAUAGAAAAUGCGGUACACGAGAGCCCCGCGGUUGAGGAAGCUGCGGCCUAGUUGUUUAUACUUAGCUUUUUUAUUCUAAGAUUCCUAAUUACUGUGAAUUAACAUGACUUGAAAACAUUAGGGGACUACAAUCAACGUAGAUCAAGUGAUUUACCUAAUGACAGGUAAUCAGAAAAUAUAACUAUCUUAUAUUGAGUUUAAAUAUGCAACAGGGCACAGAUUUUAUAGCCAAUCGUUGUUUUAGUGUACUUCGACAUAACAUACUGCGUACGUUAUACUUAUUACUAACGUAUGCGGGUCCUGUGUUUUACCAGCUUUAGUCGCUUGCAAAAUAAACUAUUAUCAGUGACAAAGAAUAAAAGUUUGGAAUUAUCACAAUGAGAAGUAAAAGCCUUGCCACAGGUUGGACAUAUACUUGUUCAUAUUUGCAGCAUUCAUGCUGUCUGAUAAUACGUCUCAUAAAUAAUUAAGCAAUGAAAAUGCAAACAAAUUGGUCAAUACGAACAUAACACUUGCAUUGACAUGAAUCAUGGAAUUUAAAUUGUAUAAAACAGCCCCCUCCCCGCCGCCCCCAAAUCAGUUUGUUGAUACCUAAUUGAAUAAUGCAAUAAAAACAAUUCACCCUA